UGAUUCAAAACUGCAUUUUGGAGCACCAUGUGAACAGUUGAAAUUUUGACACUUGUCUAAAAAGCAACUACUGUAACAACACAUGAAGUGUAACAUUUAUGAUGUCUCAUAUUAUUCUUUAUAUAUUUCCUCCAGAAUAAAUAUGAUAAAUGAUCAGCCACAACAAGAAGUAGAACCACAACCACAGCCACAACAAGAACUAGAACCACAGCCACAGCCACAACCACAACCGAGGAAAAAAAGAACAACCACAAGACCAAUCGACCAUAAAGAGCCACAAGAAGUUGAUUUCAACAAUAUUGGUCAGCAUGUUGGGAAGAAACAAAGUAAGUUUGCUAACGAGUGUGGUGUUAUUACGAGGUCGAUGAUUUCUGUUGAAUAUACGAGUUGGAAGAAAGUGCCAAUUGCUCAAGAAGAUAUGCUAUGGUCGACAAUUAAGAAACAGAAACGUUGGAGUAUUCUGAAUGACAACCGUAAAAAAGAUUACAUUGCAGAGCUUUUGACAGAGAAUAUCAUCAGAGGAGUUCUAAGAGAUAAGUGA